CAUGGAGCUGCUGGUCCUGUGCAACGCGCUCGUGACGCGCCUGCUCUUCGUUCUGCACUCGCUCAUCGGCGUCUGGAGGGUGACCGAAGUGAAGAAAGAGCCCAAGUACUGGCUGCUGGCACUGCUCAAUCUGCUCCUGUGUCUGGAGACAGGGCUUACCCUCAAAUUUAAACAAGGCAGAGGCUACAAAUGGUUUUCCCCAGCAAUAUUUUUAUAUCUGAUUUGCACAGUACCAUCAUUAUGGCUGCUAGAAAUUCAUCAUGGGACUCAGUACUGCAGCAACGAGCCUGGAGCAGUUCAGGUGAACGUCAGCAACCAAGACUUCAAUCAAACUAGAGACAGCAGUCACAGAAGURAAGGAACAGACCACCACAUCAUUCAGACGGCUAAAGUCUUUGUCAAUCAGCUCUCCACAAUCUGUGAGACUGUGUGGACACUAGCCCUCCACCAGACCUUCCUACUGCUAUUAGUAAUUGGGAGAUGGCUUCUCCCUAUUGGGAUGGAGAUCACUCGGGAUCAACUGUCUCAGCUACUUCUCAUGUUUGUGGGAACGGCAGCAGAUAUACUUGAAUUUGCUAGUGAAACCUUGGACAUCGAAGACGUACGGAAGAAUUAUGCUCUCAUAAAUGCCAUUCUUGCUGUAUGGACCUGGAGUAUGUUACAGUUUCCACUUGAUCUUGCAGUACAGCACAUUGGCUGCAAACCAGCCACGAUGACCAGGCGAAUCCCCAGCCUGCUGCUGUGCAGGUACAGCGCAGAACUGUGGAACAUCGGGGUCAGUCUCUUCAUUCAGGACGGGCCCUUCUUCAUCGUGCGCUCAAUCCUGAUGGGCCACUUCAGGAUAUUCAAUCAGAUGCUGGUGUUUUUUACAGCUAAGAAUAUCUUAGUUGUGACCCUACAGCUGUAUCGCUUAGCGGUGAUAACCUUAGACUUUCGGGCUACCUUGCUGCAGAAGAGCAGGAAAGAAGUCAACUGCUGCCCCUGCGAGCCUUAUGAAGCUUGUAGUCAGGCUACUGCCAGCCAGGAUACCGAAAUGAAGAAGUGUGUUGCUUUUCCUGCAAAAGAGGAGUCCGAAGCACCAUCAGAUCAGUGAGCACAGCUACCGACUCAGAAGAGGUYGAUGCCCCUGUGCUGCCUUUGAAAUGGCUUUGAAAAGGAUUUCUGAGAUCAAAUAGAUCUUGUGCAUCUUUUUCCUCUCUUCCAGCAAAAGAUCAAUAAUUUCUUCUAAAGUAUAGGGAGGAUUCCUGAAGCAAAGCCAUAGAAGUGGGAUAUUUUUUGUCCUAUUGGAUUUUGGUGGGUUUUGACUAGAUCUCUUUUAUAUUAAUCACAGACAUUUUGUAGUCAUAGUUUGUAGUAGCAAGAAAGACUUUGCAUGUAACGAAGUUGGAUAUUAUCUUUGGAGGUACAGUGCUAACACAUGUAUUCACAUGUAUUCAUAUAGAAGGACAAGACUAUCCUGUGAUAUAACGAGAGGGUAGUUUAUGGCAUGUUUUCCAGGCACAGGAACAACCUCAGCAGUGCAGACGCGUGAGCGAGUGUGGACGGAAGAUUUCUGCUGUUACUAUGACACCUAAACAUUGUUCACUCAAGAAAUGUGCAAAGGGUUUCUUUGAAUGUUACCUCAUCCUUGGCUGGAUUCAGCUAAAGAACUGUGUAACACCACACACAAAACCUUCUCUCAGGACACAGGUGGUCUGAAUAAUUUAAGUCUUUCCGUGGARGCAGCGGGGAACAAAGACAGCCCCAAAGAGCUUUAGAAGACAACUGCAUGUGCCACAUGUGUAACAGGUUCUAGAGGUACUUGCCUUCCUAUUUCUACUGGUCAGAAAGCAGGUGUGAAAACCUUUUGCUCCAGCUUCACAGUAAAUGUAAAGUGACCUAAGACAGUUCUGUUAAAGUUUCCCAAAAUAACAAUAUUAAUAAAAAGAACUAAACUCCUAACUAUCCGAAGACAGAAUCAGCUCUGGGGCACACACAAGAGUGCUCCUACCUCUGCUGCAGUCCUGCACUCAUUUAUGAACAGACAGAUAAGUAAUGACAUAUUUACUGGGGAGGAGACAACUGCACCUAUUUAAAAGUUCCAACCCACAGAUAUGUGAACCU